CAAAAAAGAACAAGUUAUGAUUAUGAACCUACCAUAGGAGGGGCUCCAAAAAAAGCAAAGAAGUCGUCCUUCAUUCCCUUGCCAGAUGAGCUUGCACGAACUGGGGCACUUGUCAAUGUCAGGAAUACGGACGAUGAAGAAUGUUUCAAGUGGAGUGUGCUGGCAGCGCUACAUCCUCAUGUCAAUGACCCCAAGGACGUCCAUUCUUACCUCGACUACGAGAAUGAAUUAAAUUUUGCUGGUUUAACCUUUCCCAUGAACAGAAGUAACAUUCCUCAAUUCGAAAAACAAAACCAAAUACGCGUAAAUCUUUUUGGCUAUGACAACAAUAACAGAAAAAGGAAAACAAUAUUCCCUGUUAUGGUUAGCAAAGAAACUCAAGAAAGGCUUGUUGAGCUUCUGUGUAUUACUAAUGAUAACACUGCGCAUUAUUCUUGGAUUAAACAAUUCAGCGCCCUCAUGGGCGACACCGAUCAGCAUUACUGUCGGUACUGUCUAGGGGGAUUUGAAGGGGAGGAACUCCUCAAGAACCACAUGAGACUGUGUCAAUUGUUGGAGCCACAAAAAGUUGACUUUCCAUCUGGUCUCGAUGCGAUCCUUAGCGACAAAUACCCAGAAAUUAUUCUUCAAGCCCCUUACGUCAUAUACGCUGACUUUGAGUGUAUUCAACCCCGAGUUCAGGGAAGUAGUGAUGAUGAAGCUGAUAGGAAACUGAUCAAAUUAACUGAUCACCAGCCUUCGGGGUAUGCUUAUAAGGUGGUGGGACCAGUGGACGAGGCCACCCAAUCGGUAGUGGUAUACAGGGGACAGAACGUUGUUGAAAAUUUCAUGGAUGCUAUCCAUGAAGAAAAUGAGAGGAUUAAAAAGUUGAGAAAAAAGACAUGGAAAACAAACAAAGCAACAGUACUUGACAUAUGUUACAUAUGUAAAGAUGAACUGCCUUCUCCAAAAGAUAUCUACGUGAGUCCAAACGAAGAAUAUCUUGGGAACUUAUGCUGGAAAUGUAGCCCAAAAUAUAAUGAAGAAGUGAUUGUCGUGUUUCAUAAUUUAACAAACUACGAUGGCCAUUUCAUCAUGGCAGAUAGAAAAACAGCUGAAAACUGUAAAUUUUGCAUUUCUUCAUCAAUUAACACCUACAGUUCAUUCACAAUAGGUUCAAUAAAAUUCAUAGAUUCACUUUCGUUUGUGAAAGACUCCCUAGCUAAUCUUGUCUCC